AUGAGAAGACCCGUGGUGACGAGAUUGCUGAAGCUGUUCUUCUAUCUGCUACCCUCCACCCUGCUCGUCUACACAUCCACCACCCUCCUGUUUGCUGACAGGGGAGUCUACUCUAAAAUAGAUGGCGCCAUGCCAAUUGUAAUGACAGGGAUGUCAAAUCUACACACGUCAAAUGGUAGUGGCCUCCCUUUGCUGAAUUCAGCAGAUGAAAAAACUGACAACAACAUCUUGAAAUGGAUAACUAAAUCGGGUCUUGGCUUUUUACAUUCAGGUGAUCAUAGUGGCGAACUUUACCCCGAAUUUAACAACAGUACUGAUCCACAGGGAUUAGGUGAAGGGGGCGUGGCCGUGAACCUGAACGAAUCACUGCUGACAUCAGAAGAACUGGUUCAGAAAAAACAAGGGUGGAUUCUCCACAACUUCAACGAGUACUUGAGCAAAAAGAUGUCAGUUUUUAGAAGUUUACCGUACUGCUCAACACAGGCAUGUAAAGACUUGAUCUCAAACUAUACCGGUAAACUCGAUGAGAUCUCCGUCAUCAUCAUUUUUCACAACGAGGCUUGGUCAUCCUUGCUGAGGUCAGUGCACAGUAUCCUCUCUAGAACCCCUGCACGUCUGCUGCGAGAGGUCAUUCUUGUUGACGACAACUCAACUUUUGAUUACUUAAAGGGACCGUUGCACAGAUACUUUAGCCCUUAUCCCAAGGUAAAGAUCAUCCACAGCCCCGGGAGGGUGGGGCUGAUCCAAGCGCGGAUCUUGGGCUUCGAUUUGUCAACAGCUCCAGUGGUCGUGUUUCUAGACGCGCACAUCGAAUGUUUCCCAGGGUGGGCCGAGUCCCUACUGAUCCGGAUAGCCCAGAACCCAAAAGCCGUGCCCUACCCCAUCAUCGAGACGAUCAACGACAAAACCUUCAGCGUCGAGUGCAACAACGGGCCGGCACAUUACGGGGGCUUCAACUUCAGGAACCUGAUGUACGAGUGGACGGAGAUACCGCAGAGGGAGAAGGAUAGAAGGGUCCUGGGUACAGAACCCUUCAGGUCUCCCGUCAUGCCUGGCGGUUUGUUUGCAAUAUCCCGGAACUACUUCCUAGAGCUCGGCAAGUAUGACGCGGAAAUGGAUUUCUGGGGAGGGGAAAACAUUGAGCUGUCUUUUAAGGCGUGGAUGUGUGGGGGGAGCCUGGAGAUGGACAUCUGCUCCCACGUGGGGCACAUCUUCCGGUCCCACACCCCCAUCAAGGGCGACCACUCGGCUGUGGUCAGGAACUCGGUCCGGGCAGCUGAAGUAUGGAUGGACGACUACAAGAACUACUUCUACGAGAACAUCAACUACCAAACGGGUAAUUUCGGCAAUGUGACGGACCGGAAGCGUCUGCGCGAAGGUCUCAAAUGCCACAACUUUGAAUGGUACCUCAGAAACGUGUUUCCUGAGUUACCCGUCCCACACAGUAUAAAAAACUUGGGGUCGAUAAAAAAUGUAGCCUACUCAAAAUGUCUGUACAAAAACUCCGACAAGUUGGUCUUGAGCGAAUGUCCUAAACAUUCAGUUUUCUAUCAGUGGCUGCUGACAAAUCAGGGCCAGUUGACCUGGGACGCCACAUCGCUGUGCGCUGACAACGGUGCCUUGUAUUUUACCAAGACCUGUAACUCGACAAGUGUUGGGUGGCUCUACCGACAGGACAAGACUUUGUUACACCAGCCCACAGGCAGGUGCCUGUCUGCAGGAGUCACUGACGCAGUUGUCUCGCUUUCCCCCUGUACCAACAGCCCGCAGCAGAAGUGGGAUUUUGCCGAGAGACGAAAGGAUUUGAAAUUUCCUGUCUGAACACAUUUUUAGAAAGUUAAACUAGAGCGAGA